GUAACCGGAAGUGCGUUACAAUGGCGUCCACUUUUGCGAUUCUGGUUAAAUGUUAGUAGUUUCUGUGUCAUGACUUUGGCUCCGAGUAGCGUUUUUAAACUCCAUAAUGCGGCGGUACAUUCGUGCACUGACCCUGUGCACGGUGUUCGCCGUGUUAUCGGGCUUGUACGUUUACAGUAAACUGGUUUACUCGGACGUGCCGGUCGGACCGAAGAGGGUCUUCGUCCCACCGAGAGUCCCCGGAGUCCGGCGAGGGGCCGCGGACAGAGCCGGGCCCCAAAACACCCACUGGUACAACAGGUACAUCAUGCGUCAGCGCGGUCAGAUGGAGGCUGCUGGUGCCAGCGUUCAGAGCAGACCUGAGCCUCCCAUGCACCUGGCCGUGGUGGCCUGUGGGGAGAGGCUGGAGGAGACUCUCACCAUGAUCAAGUCUGCCGUGCUUUUCAGCAUCAAACGCCUCUACCUGCACAUCUUUGCUGAAGAUCAGCUCCACGCCAGCUUCAUGGAAGCUUUGGAGUCGUGGCCUGGUUUUAUUCGCUCCAGGUUCAACUACACGGUCUACUCCAUCAGCUUUCCCAGUGAGAACGCAGCCGAGUGGAAGAAACUCUUCAAACCCUGCGCGUCUCAGAGGCUCUUCUUACCUCUCAUCUUAAAGGAUGUCGACUCCAUCGUGUACGUCGACUCAGACAUCCUCUUCCUGCAGCCUGUAGACCAACUGUGGGAUUUUCUAUCCCAGUUUAAUUCAUCUCAGCUGGCCGCUAUGGCCCCAGAGCACGAGGAGCCCCGCAUCGCCUGGUACAACCGCUUCGCCCGUCACCCUUUCUACGGCAGGACGGGCAUCAACUCAGGGGUCAUGCUCAUGAACAUGACAAGGAUGAGGAGCACGUUCUUCAAAAAUGACAUGACAUCAGUGGGGCUGCGUUGGGAGGAGCUGCUGAUGCCUCUACUUCAAAAAUACAAACUAAACAUAACCUGGGGAGACCAGGACCUUCUCAAUAUAAUAUUCCACUACAACCCUGAGUCCUUCCUGGAGUUUCCCUGCCAGUGGAACUAUCGCCCAGAUCAUUGUAUCUAUGGCAGUAACUGUGCCUCUGCGGAGGAGGAUGGCAUCUACAUAUUGCAUGGAAACAGAGGGGUUUACCACGACUACAAACAGCCUGCUUUCAGGGCUGUUUACGAGGCCAUUAAAAAGUACGCUUUCGGUACAGACCCAACCACUUCUUUGCUGGAACCUUUAGAGAACGAACUGUUGGGGACGACUCACACAUAUUGCGGUAAAUCCCGUUCACUCUUCACCAAGAGGCUCACACACAGUCUGGCAAACAUCAAUAGGAAGCCUCCACAUGGGUGAAAAUGAAUGACAGUGAUGAGACGGAGGCCAAAACGAGAACCUUCUUCGUCUAAGUUUUAUAAGCUCGAGCAAGAAAUGGAACUCCCGACUGCUGAUCUUGAAAACCACUGAACUGAAACUUGUCUGUUUUGAAGCGAACGGAUUGUUUGACUGAAGCAGAAAAGGCAGCAGCUACAGCGUGGUAAACAAAUGGUAACCUGGCAGACUGACAGAACUAAUGAAACACCGCUUCGAUGUGGCGGACAACUAACGAGUGAAGCGUUCAGAUUUUUUUUCUUCCAGUGAGCUUCCAGUUAAAGCUCCAUAAGGCAGCUGGGAUUGUCUCUGGCUGAGACUAAUAACUGUUCACCUCUUGUAAAUUGCUCUGGAUGAGAGCGUGAUGUAAAUCCACUGAAAUCUACUGUAACAUUGGCCAGUUGGUCUUCUAACAGAGCACGGAAUUUUACCAGACAAAUCUGUGCUACAGAUUAAUACAUGUUUUUUUUUCUGAUGUUUUCAUUGCUUUUUUUUGUCCUGACAACCAUCUAAUCUCUUCCAUGUAUCACUUUCUUUUAUCUUUCUAUUACUGACUGAAAGUGCAAAAGAUCAAAGUUGGGAAGAGUAGCUCUUGACUUUCCAUAUUGGAGAAUUUAUUGAACCUCGUGAAACCCUCUUAUUAAAAGAGAUAAAAUCUGUAUUUGAACUGUACAAGACUUUCUGCAGGGCCCAGAGUUGAGAGUUGAAUGCACUGGAUCACUUUCUCAGCUUUAAGAAACCACUCAACAACAGUGUGUACAGUAUUUCUGUUUUUAGACAAAGUUGAGGCCAAGUGGUUGCAUAAAUGAAUUCUGAGGUUGAUUUUUAAUCAUUCAAGCAGUGGCUAAGUAAAUGAAACCUCCAUCAGAGUACUGCUUAUCUGCAUUAAUAUUUAUUAGAGCUGCAACUAAUGAUUAUUGCCAUUGUUAAUUAAUGUGUCAGUUAGUUGUUGGGUCUAAAAAAAAAUGGUGAAAAAUGCUCUUCAGUGGUUCCGAAAGCCCAAGAACACAUCCUCAAAUAUUCAGCAACAAUAUAAAGAUAUUCAGAUUACUAUCAGAGGAGAAAAGAAACCAGAAAAUAUGACAUUUUUAAAAGCUAAAACUGAGAAAAUAUGGAUUAUUUUUAUUUGAAAAAAUUACCUAAACAGAUGAACUGACCUCAAAAUAAUUGGUGAUAAUUUUAAUAGCCGACAACUAAUUGUUUAGUCACUGCAGCUUUGAUAUUUAUUCUGUUCAAUGUAAGGAUGCAGACUGACAUACUGUACAGUUCACAUGUGAAAAUGUUAUUUUUUUUGUCAUAAUGUUUUGCAAUGCAUUUAUUGUAAUGCCAGUGCAUCCAGCUACACAAAUUAGCUUUCAUACGCUGCAGUAUGUUUUUGAACUGUCUUCUUUCAUGAACUUUUGGUGAAAUUUCCCUCCAUUUUAAAGUAUGCACACGUUUGUCAGUGAUAAAGGUGUGCAGAAAAAUUGCUGUUGAAUAUGUGAAUAAGCUACGAGUUCCCUCCUGAUGCCAAAGUAUGUUUUUGUUUUUAUUUCUGUAAUUGUGGUCUUUGCACCACUGAAUGUAUUUUGUACACUACGAGUUGAAAACAAAGCUGUGGAUAUCCUGUGACGUUACUAUGUUUAGUUGUUUGUGUGUCAUUGUGUUUUUACAUUAAAGCUCAUUUCAGUUUUGUA